AUUUGCCACACUUGUUUCGGGACACUCCCUGGUUUGCGCAUUCACAUCAAAAUAUAUGGUUUAGGAUUUUAGUGGAAACAUUUUCUUCUACACAGACAAAACACUGGUGACCUUUUAUCAUCCUGUUGGCUAUCUAGAGGGUUUUCAUGGUCCUAAUGUCUGGGAUUGUUUUGACUCACUGAUAAACAUGUUUUAUUUUAAAGUACAUAAAAGUCAAGUGGAUAUAUUUUUACCUGAUAGCCUUGGUUUGAAACUAUAACUAGGACAAUAUUAAAGUGAAUGAAAUCAAUGGUUCAUAGUGAAUGUUUUAAAUGUUCUAUAGAUUAUAUACAGAUAACUGGUUAGGCUGACUUGACUAAUAAAAUGCAAAUAUCCCUCAUGUGUAAAUGUUCACCGGGUAGAUGGUGAAAAUAUAGGACGAGAAGAAGGCAAUAUCCCAAAAAAUAUUACACAAUGUCAAUCUUUAAUGUAAAUUUGGUGUAAUAUAAUGUGCUAGAUGUUAGCCAGGGGGAUUAAGGUAAUAUCACCUGUGAAAUGAAGAUAGACUGGGAGUGUUACAGAUCAUUAAAAAAAAAAAAAAUGACAGUGCUGCAUCUAAAUCAGUUCUGAGUGUUGGUUCCUGUGGCCAAGGUCAGCUUGAUGCUGGCAGGUUGUGCACACUGACAUGCUUUGUGAAUAAAGUGGCAGAAGGGCCAAGAGUGACUAAAUGAUUUGUAAUGACUCCCAUUCCCUGAUAUAUACUUUUUAUAACCAUUUUUCUCAGAAGCUCAAAGCUAAAAUAGUGUUUGAUAGGUCAUCAUGGGUGGAAGCACUUUAAACUCUGGCCAGAUGUAUUACAGAACGAAUAUACGCCAAGUACAGGAGCUAGCAUUUUGAUUAUAAUCAUUGUAAUGUUUCAACAUUACAAUCUUUUGCUUUUGCUUGGUUGGCAUGACCAGCAUGUAGAACUAAGCAUACUUGCAUACCAAAGAGGAGUGUUGUGGAAUGGCAACGUGUGAAGUGCUAAAGCUCGUCUAGCACCGGGCCUCGCUCUAUUUUAAGUCCUCUGGCAGGUGCCAUAACGGGAUGUUUGUGCAAUAACAGUAACCUCUCCUUGGGAUUUCUCAUUCUCAUUCCUGGAAACCUGCAGUGUUUGUUUCACCAUAUCUAUCGGCAUGAAGUAUUGUGUACAUGUAGCACGUAUGCAGUUGUUGACUGAUUGGGUUGUAGGUAACAUCAUGGAAUUCUUCGACCUCUUUUUCUCUGAGGAUACUGGAUGACGCAGGUGUCGUCAACAACUUUCCACAUCAAUCAUCCCCGGCUUUUUUCAGCUCUUUCAGCCUGACCAUGGCAACACGCGGGCCUAGGCCACGUUCUGGUUUCUCUCACUAUUUUUAACAGAAUUACACAGAACUCUUCAGGAUUGAGCUCAGAGCACAGGGCUGACAUACAGAGAGGGAGGGAUGUGAGGCCAGCUUGUUCCACCACCUGUGACGAUAUCUUAAAUCAGUGGUGGGUCAGACGGAGUGGCCAAGUCUUACACAUGACAUGGUUAUGGGCCAUAUCUCCUAGAAACUCUCAAGGAACUCAACAUCUUUUUGUUUAGCCAGCAGAAAAGAGAUUUAUCAGGUCUUCGUUAUUACGAUUUCUCAGUCCAUGUCAUCACUUUCUCUAAGAACCAUGCCUCAGGUUCCUUGUCUGAGAUGUAGAGCAACUUCACACCGCUACAUCAGUACCAAGGCUCUAUUGGCUGAGGGUGAGGAGACGCCCUUCACCAAGCACUGUCGCAACUACGAGAACAAGUAUCAGGUUCUACAGACAGAUAUUCAAAAGCUGAAGGAUCAGAUGCAGGAGCUACAUAGAGACCUGACCAAGCACCACUCACUCAUCCAUACAGACUCCACAAAGGAGAUCCUGGAGAGAUCUGUACAUAUUGAUGAGCAGAUUGAAGCACAGUACUCUGCCAUGCAGAAUCUGAGGACCAUGUUUGAGGAGGCCUGGGAGGAGACAUUUCGGAGAGUCACAAAUGAGCAAGAGAUCUACGAAGCGCAGCUCCAUGAUCUUCUUCAGCUAAAGCAAGAAAACCUCUAUUUGAUGACAAUUGCGCGACAUAUUGGACCGUACAUAAUGUCUAUAGCAAAAGUCAGGGAGCGCCUUGAUCCCAGGUUCCAGGAGCCAAAAGAACCUGAAGAUGGCUGCACUGAGAUCAUGCUGAAGAUCUGUGAAGAUAAUACAGUAACCCAUGAAGCACAGCACAGAGAGCUCUUUCACAGCCUACAGUCGGGUUUCACACAGAACUAAGAAAGCAGGAAUCCUUCAGCGUGAGCCACUAAAGAACUCAGACCACUGCUGGCAAAGCUAACGCGGAAAUAUUUCAGAGACGCCGCUGUGCAAAGAGCCACCAUUCGAAACAAAGUGUCUUCAAUCAACAAGGUAAAGGACCUUCAUCUUAACCCCAUCCGGUAUGAAGUCCAAAACAAAUGCAAUAAUAUGAACUAAAUAUUUAAGGUUUCUACUGGAUGACUUUCAGGAAAUAUGGAAAGUGCAAGAAAGUCACCGCAAACCGUAGAGUGAAUUUAAUUUUUUAGUAAAGUAUUAGUGUACACUGCUGGAGGUGUACUGUUGUAUAAUUUACUGAAACCCAAAAUUUACAGACCUUUAGUGUAUCAUCACAUUACUUAUUAUAAUACAUUAGUCCAACUGAAGUGACUGUUCAUUUACAGUAAAGGUUACAGUACGUUCAUAUACACUGCAUGUCAAAUACACUUAUGAAUGACUAGAAAUUUCUUCAGGCUUUGAAUUAAAAAAGGAACAGAGUCACAAAAUGAAACUUCCUACUGUAUAUUUUAAAUCGUGCUUGUAAUAAAUGUAUAAAAAAU